AACCUCCCAGGAUUUUCCCCCUCAAACAAUGUGUAAACCUCAUACAAUUAGUCAUAAUUUAGCUGCUUUGAAAUUGUUUAUUAAAAGUAUCCCCAUUUGUUUCCAUAGAUAAUCAGUGCAUAUGCUAUGAAUAGAGAUGCCAUAGGAUAUUCCCCAACAAUCAAAAUCUCUGGACCUUACUGAAAGAGCUAAUGUUUUGUUAUAGUUGUAGCCAGUGAUAAAUGUUUGCUGCAGCUCCUGGAAGACAAUGCGUUUUAAAAUGUUACACUGAUUUUUGGAUCUACUUUAGGAGUGCAUAUUAUAAAAUUGUUCUUUAUCCCUUCAAAAGCAGCACUUCCAGGAGUAACCCCCUUUCAUCUCAGGAAGGAAUGAAGUGCAGUCCUGGACAACAGCUGUCAACCAAUCCUUACAUAUGGUGUGGCAAAAAAUAAAGAGACAACUAAUAUUAGUCAUGUCUUUUCUCCUUGCUGCUCUCUGGUAUUGUAGAAGGCUCUAUGCAUACUUAGCACAGCUGUUGAAAUGGUGGAGUAGAUAUCUGCAGAGAAAAUUCAAAAAGAACCUCAGUGUACUGGCAGAAGUUGAUCUGCUUGGUUAUUGUGCAAGAGAAUGGAAAGGAGAAACCAAGCAGGCCAAGCAGAUGAAGGCGGCUUAUGAAGAACUGUUUUGGAAACACCAUAUUAAAUAUAUACGACAAGUCAGAAGAGAUAACUACUGUGCAUUAAGAGCUGUGCUGUUUCAGGUAUUCAGCCAGGGCAUUUAUUUUCCAUCAUGGAUGAAGGAGAGAGACAUUUUAAAGCUCCCUGAAAAGCUUCUGUAUUCACAAGGCUGCAACUGGAUUCAGCAAUAUAGUUUUGGACCAGAAAGAUACACAGGCGCCAACGUAUUUGGAAAAUUACGUAAAUGUAUGGAAACAUUAAAGACACAGUGGACUGAAAUAAGUGGUGUUAAAGACCAUGACGAAAGAGGAAACAUGUGCAAUAUCCUUUUCUCCGAUGAAAGCAAGGAAUAUAAGCUGUAUGAGGCUAUAAAAUUCAUCAUGCUUUACCAAGUUGUGGAAGCCUAUGAACAGAUGAAGAAUGAGCAGAAACGUGUACCCGUCCUUUUUAGCCUCCUUUUUGCUCGUGAUACGUCAUCUGACCCUUUGAGUUUCAUGAUGAAUCAUCUGAAUUCCAUAGGGGACACGGGUGGUCUGGAGCAGGUUGAAAUGUUUCUUCUUGGAUAUUUACUUGAAGUAAAUAUAAGAGUCUACAGACUGUAUAAGUUUAACACUGAAGAGUUUCAAGUAAACUAUCCAGAGGAGUAUCACAGGGACUGGCAGGAAGUCUCUCUUCUGACUGAGGAUGACCAUCAUUAUCACAUCCCCAUUAUUAGAAUAUAAGACUGAUUUCUAACCAUGCAGUAGAAGAAGUGACCAUCUCCAGCAAAUUAUCACCUUUAAGCCAAGUCCUUUGCCAGCAACAGUAGGAUUUCAAGUAACAUAAAAUAAUGACUACAGGACACACAGAUUUAUUAUGUUAACUUCUUGCUUGCUUGUACUGACCCAUAUCACCUGUGAUCUGCCUCAGAAAAACACAAAAUACAUAAUCAUACAAUCAGGACAAAUUGGCAUAUUAAGGUUCUCAAAUAAAAAAAAAUGGUAAAUCACCUGUGAGAAAACAUUAUCACUAGAUAGUUGAUAGUCACUUGUUGAGCGAAGUCCAAAACACGUGUUGUACAUAAACUUACAAUGUCAAAUGAUACCUAUUCUUUGUUUAAGAAGGGUGCUUCAGCCACUGACUUGGGAGAGAAACAACGGCAAUAAUAAAAAUAAAUAACUUGCAAUAUAGCUUUACUCAAUAUAUACUCUUCCCCCUGCUCUCCCUGCAUCCCUUCUUUUUGGAAGGGUCAGAUUUUAAUGUUACCUAUCAAAAGUACGUAAAGGAUUUUCUUUGCAAUUGGUUUGAGAAGGCUGUGCACUUCAGUGCAUUUACAAAUACUGGCUUUUCACAAAAAUGUUAACUCUCUGUACAUUAUAUAUACAUUUAGCAGGACUCACAUUUCCUAAGCUUUUUUGUAUAUACGAUUUAAUACCUUUGAGUUACUUUUCUUAAUCUUGACAUCAAGGUUACUUCUAGUUUUUGAGGGUCUUAAGAAGUAUCCAGUAUAACAAGCAAAUUAUCUUAGGUGGGAACUGCUAUUUCACCACACUUUAUGUUCAUUAAAAAGAUGACUACUAGGAAGGAAGGGAAAUGCCAGAUACAUUAAAAAAGCAAGUAUUGCUGUCUUGAAUAGGGAGCUUUACACAUUCCCCUCAUUCUAAGAAACUGAACUGCAGUUCCACCAUUUUAUAAAAUUAGGAAGCUUAACUUUAAUGAAAAUUAAAGUGAUAACAGUUUAGCAAUAUGUUUAUUUAUGGCACAUGAACAUCAUCAUACAUAAGGCUGCGAGUUUGUCAUGGAGGUCACGGAAGUCACAGAUUCUGUGACUUUGUGGGACCUCCAUGACUUCUGCAGCUGCACCAUCGGGGAGGGAGUGAGGGCUCUGGGUGGCACUUUCCUUGGGGGCUCCCCAGAAGCGGUGACAUCCCUCAGUUCCUAGGUGGAGGUGUGGCCAGGCAGCUCUGUGUUCUGCCUCUGCCUGCAGACACCACCCCCACUCCCAUUGGCUGCGGUUCCUGGCCAAAGGAAGCUGCAGAGCAGGCACUCGGGACAGGCAGCGCACAGAGCUGCCUGGCCAUGCUUCUGCCUAGGAGCUGAGGUGGCUGGGAUGUUGCCACUUCCGGGGAGGCACAGAGCCAGGUACGGAGCCUGCCAGCCCCGCCAAUCCCCACCACCACCAAUGGGGGUCCUGGGUUGCACGCCGCUACCUGCCCACCAGCAUCAGUGUGGGUCCCAGGCUGUGCACCGCCUCGUAUCCCCCACCCCAGCACCAACGGUGCCCCCUGCAGCACCUCCAGCAUUCCCGGGCUGCACCCCCCCCAAUAUUUAGUCCAGGGUAUAUAGUACAAGUCAUGGACAGGUCACAGGCAAUACAUUUUUGUUUACUUCCCAUGACCUGUCUAUGACUUUUACUAAAAAUACCAUGACUAAAACAUAGCCUUAAUCAUAAGCUUAAAAUUAUUUGAGUCACUUCUCUAAUAAGAUUAUAUAUAAAGAGAAGAGUUUUUAAUAAGAAACAAACAAUUUUCCUUUAAAGUUGAAAUCAUCUCCAAAGACUCAUGUAGUGUUUCUCUUUCUCACAGGAGAUAAUUUACCAGAAUGAAAUGGUGAAUUAGGUCUUCAGGAGAUAAACUAAUUAUAUAUGCUUUGAG